ACAAUGGUCAAACAAAAAUCACAAGAUGAUGACAUGUUUCAGAUUUAUGAACAUGAAAUAAUUCAUUUAAUCUGCUUUUUCUAUUCAGCUACAAGAGGCAGGAUACUGGACAGAUGCUGCAAGGUUAGAAGCAUCUCAGCCGUUUCAUUACAAGAUGCACUGGCAGCACUCCGAGAGGCUCAGCAACCUGAUACAGCUGCAAUGUUUAUUAUUGCCUGUCGAGAAAUCCAUGCUGAAUUUCUUGAAAACCUAGAUGCCGACAAAGAUUCUGAUCCUUCAAUCAAAGAAAAGUUGCUUAUUUUACCUGGAUUCAACCCAGAAAACGAAGACGUAAUAGCCGUUGGUGAAUUAUACGGACAGUUCCGCCAAAAAACUAGUCCACUUGUGCAUGGACUCUCAACCAUUUUCAAACUAGAAGACAUAUAUUUCACAUUAGUUUGGUACAAAUGCUUAGACUCGUUUUUAUCUAGGAGGUAGAUUCGGACGUGUGUUGAUCGGCUGAGUGGCUAGGUUAAAUACUGUAGCAGUUUGGCUAGGUUAAAUAUGUGGAAUCCAUGUGUCAAAAUUUAAAUGUAUUAGGCACAUUAUUAGGCAUAUUUAUCAUUAUCCUAUUAAUUAUUA